AUGUUUCAGAUCUCAGCCUCUGAAGAACUAAAACAUGAAAACUACACAACAGUUAAGUAUUUUAGCUUGCUUGAGUUUUCAGAGGGCUGGCUUUUGGUCGCCAUCUUUUUUCUUGGCAUUUACAUCACUAUUCUUAUAGGCAAUUCCUGUAUUUUUGGCAUCAUUCGCUUCAGUUCAAAUCUGAACGCCCCAAUGUAUUUUUUCCUUAGCAAUCUUUCACUUCUUGACAUCUGCUACUCGUCCGUCACGCUCCCCUUCAUGCUGAUUAACUGUAUUUCUGGGAACAGAAGGAUAUGUUUCUAUAAUUGUAUUGUGCAGCUGUAUUUCUUUGUCUCUUUAGGGGGGGCGGAGUGUAUUCUUUUGGCUGUUAUGGCCUAUGACCGAUUUGUUGCCAUAUGCAACCCACUACGUUAUCCCAUAAUAAUGAGCCGCACCCUCUAUGCAAGCCUAGCAGCUGCAUCAUGGCUCAGUGGCUUCCUAAACGCUAUUCUUCAUACAGUCAUGACAUCUAACCUCUCAUUCUGCAAGACUACGCAGAGCAUCAACCAUUUCUUCUGUGACAUCCCCCCUCUUAUACAAGCUGCUUGUAAUUCCACCAAUACCAGUAAAACCUUGUUGUAUGUUGUCAGUGUCUUCUUGGGGUUUACUCCUUUUCUUUUUAUUGUCAUAUCCUAUGUACGUAUCAUCUCCAACAUCGUGAAAAUAAAGUCUUCAGACGGGAGGCAAAAAGCUUUCUCAACAUGCUCAUCCCACCUCAUUGUGGUAACAAUGUUCUAUGGAACCGCCAACCUCAAUUACAUAGGUCCUGCCUCUGGCUACCCUUUGCAAUUAGAGAGAUUGUCUUCCCUGUUAUACAGCAUUUUAACCCCACUUUUAAAUCCAGUCAUCUAUUGUCUGAGGAAUAAAGAAGUUAAAGAGGCCCUAAAGAAAUCAUUUAGAAGAGCUCCGUUUGGCUCCAUCAUUAAGAUCUCACACACAAACCCACAAGUCAUAAAAUCAAUACACUAA